CCAGAAGUGAGUGUUCGGUUUGACGCGCCCUCCUGACUUCAGCAGAAAACAACAGAAGAAUUGAAUGGUGGUUGUUUUUCACAUUCUGUGAUCCGAGCGGGUCAUUUAGCUACAUUUAGUCCGCUGGGGAGCCGCGCUCUGAUGGGAAUCAGCUCCAGGAUGAUUCCCAUCGAGGACGCGUCCGCCAGGAAGCGGGAGAUCGAGGAAAAACUCAAGCAGGAACAGGAGACGCUGUCGUUCAUCCGAGAAAACCUGGAGAAGAGCGAUCAGCUGACCAAAGGGAUGGUUUCCAUCCUGUCUUCGUUUGAGAGCCGUCUGAUGCAGCUGGAGAACUCCAUCAUCCCGGUCCACAAACAGACGGAGAAUCUGCAGCGGCUGCAGGAGAACGUAGACAAGACUCUGUCCUGCAUGGACCAUGUCAUCAGUUACUACCACGUGGCCAAAGACACUGACAGGAUAAUUCGUGAGGGACCUGCAGGCAGACUGGAUGAGUACCUCGCCUGCAUUGCAAAAAUCCAGAAAGCAGUGGAGUAUUUUCAGGACAACAACCCUGACAGCCCUGAACUCAACACAGUGAAAGCGCGCUUUGAAAAGGGGAAAGAGCUGCUGGAAGCUGAGUUCCGCAGCCUCCUGACCCGCUACAGUAAGCCCGUUCCCCCCAUCCUCAUCCUGGAUACCAUCAGCGUGGACGAGGAGCUGGAGGUGCAGGAGGAGGUGGUGCUGGAACACCUUCCUGAAGCUGUACUCCAGGACAUCAUCUGCAUCACUGGGUGGUUGGUGGAGUUUGGACGAAACCAGGAUUUUAUGAACGUCUACUUCCAGAUCCGGUCCAACCAGCUGGAUCGUUCCAUCAAAGGCCUGAAAGAGCACUUCCGUAAGAACAGCGCCUCCUCUGGUGUCCUCUACUCGCCUGCUGUCCAAACCAAACGCAAGGACACGCCCACCAAAAAGGUUCCCAAGAGACCAGUCUACAUCCCAGGGACCAUUCGCAAGGCUCAGAACCUUCUGAAACAGUACUCACAGCAUGGGCUGGAUGGGAAAAAGGGGGGUUCUAACCUCACUCCUUUGGAAGGUUACGAUCAUGACCCACGGGUCAAACACAUCUCUGACGCCCUGACUGAGAAGCAUGGUGCUGCCUCAGGGAAAGACGAUGUUCUUGACAUUGAGAUCGACUCCUACAUCCACUGUAUCAGCGCCUUUGUGAAGCUGGCUCAGAGCGAGUACGCCCUGCUGACGGAGAUCAUCCCCGAACACCACCAGAAGAAGACCUUUGACUCCCUCAUUCAGGAAGCACUGGACAACCUCAUGCUGGAAGGAGACAACAUCGUGUCUGCAGCUCGCAGGGCCAUCAUGCGCCACGACUACUCUGCAGUGCUCACCAUCUUCCCCAUCCUCAGACAUCUGAAGAUGAAUAAGUCUGACUUUGACUCCACACUUCAGGGAACAGCAGCGAGCACCAAGAACAAACUGCCAACGCUCAUCACAUCCAUGGAGACGAUUGGAGCCAAAGCACUGGAAGAGUUUGCAGACAGCAUUAAGAAUGAUCCUGACAAAGAGUACAACAUGCCCAAAGAUGGAACAGUGCAUGAGCUCACCAGCAAUGCAAUUCUGUUCCUGCAACAGCUGCUAGACUUCCACGAGACGGCAGGAGCCAUGCUGGCCUCUCAAGUGCUGGGGGACACUUACAAUAUACCUUUAGACCCCCGAGAGAGUUCAUCUGCGACCAACUAUUCCUCCGACUUCAACAAACGCCUCCUGAGCUCUUAUAUCUGUAAAGUUUUGGGAAACCUUCAGCUAAACCUGCUCAGUAAAUCCAAAGUUUACGAAGAUUCAGCCCUGAGUGCCAUUUUCCUUCACAACAACUACAACUACAUCCUCAAGUCUCUGGAGAAGUCCGAGCUGAUCCAGCUGGUCACCGUGACUCAGAAGAGAGCCGAGGCCUCCUACAAAGAGCUGAUACAACAGCAGAUUGAGUUCUACCAGCGCAGCUGGCUGAAAGUCACAGAGCACCUGACGGACCGCAACAUGCCCGUCCUGCAGCCUGGCAUGAAGCUGAAAGAUAAAGAGCGGCAAGUGAUUAAAGAUAAGUUCAAGGGUUUCAAUGACGGUUUGGAGGAGCUGUGUAAGAUCCAGAAGGGUUGGGCCAUCCCAGACAAAGAUCAGCGAGACUUCAUCCGCCAAGCUCAGAAGAGAGUGGUGUCUGAAGCUUACCGAGCCUUCCUGCAGAGAUGUACCAACAUUUCAUUCACCAAGAACCCUGAGAAGUACCACAAGUACCGACCAGAAGAGGUGGAGGAGAUGAUCGAGAAGCUGUUCGACACUUCUGCCUGAGAUGACUCAGAAUACUCGUCUUUGAUGAGGCUCAAAGCUGCAUUCAUCACACAAAGUUUAUGUAUUUUAAUCUGAUAAAUAAACUAGAAUUUCACUUUGA